GCUGGGCGACUGUGAGGUGACCAACGGUGGCUGUGGCAGCCUCGCCUCCACCCUGCUGGCCAGCCGCAGCCUGCGAGAGUUGGACCUCAGCAACAAUGGCCUGGGGGACGCAGGCAUCCAGCAGCUGCUGGACAGCGUCAGGCAGCCCGCCUGUGCCCUGGAGCAGCUGGUCCUGUACGACAUCUACUGGUCUCAGGAGAUGGAGGACCAGCUGGCGGCGCUGAAGGAGGAGAAGCCGUCCCUGAGGGUCAUCUGCUGAGGCACUUGCGGCCCCCUGGACGGGCCCAGCCCGAGCCCACCCCCGGGACCCCACUGUGUGCCCCGCUUCAAAGGGAAACGCGUUUACCCGUUUCUGAGGAGAGCGUAGACACUUUGUGACCAUUAAAGCACUUUCUUGGCAGGA